AUGCCGGCUAAUAUAGCAGAUGAAAUAGCACUUGCUGCAUUUUUAUUUGUUAUCACUUCUUCACUUUCUUCAAUGGCCGAGCUUGAAGAUGACUCUUCCUGCCUUGGAUACAUAUGGCAGGGGCCGUGCCAUCCACUUUGCACCAAUGCAUUGAGACUACAAGCACCUACGUUGCUAUAUGAAUCUAUUUCAGAAGAAAGAAUCGAUUCUUGCGUUUGGUUUUCAUCCUAUUACCAAAGAGUACAAGUUGAAGAGAGAAUUGAGAAAGUUGAUUACCUUAUUGAUUCAAAUUAUCAAGGAAUUAUGUUAAACGGGAAGAUGCAUUGGUUGACUCGAUUUGGAAAGUAUAAUGGACGUCGUGAUAAGCUUAUUGUUUCCUUUGAUUUAGCUGAUGAGGUAUUUGCUGAAGUUCCAAAGGUUGAUUUUGUCGACAAGCCAAGAAUUCACAAGUUUCAUCUAGCAGUUGUUGGAGAUUGUCUUGCUGUUGCUAUAACUUUGCCUCACCAAAAUGGCGGAGGAACAGAAAUUUGGGUAAUGAAAGAAUACAAUGUGAAAGAGUCAUGGGUGAAGGAGUUCAUAAUUGGGGCUUAUACACCAACUCCAAAUUCUGUCAUGGAACAUUUGGUGAAAGUUGUAUGCCUGUUGAAGAAUGAAGAGCUCUUACUUGAGUACAAAAGUGGCAAUGUGGCUUUAUAUGAUCCUCAAAAUGGUGUCUUUAGGCCUCUAAUGUUUCAGGGAAUGCCUAAUUGGUUCAGCACUUUGUUGUUUUGUUUCCUGAAAUAUUUCUUCUGUGUAAUUACAUAA